UAAAACUUUAGGAAAUUGGUACUAGACUUUUAUAUUGGUCAACAGCAAAAUGAACAUUAUUACUCAGCCACCAACACAUGCAGUUUGCCUAUACCAGGGAUCCUGUCAAAAUAUACACCAUUUACAACUUCUUAAGUGCAGUUAUCAUAGAGCACAGUCCGUGACAUCACACAGCUGCAGAGAUGAAUAAACAAAGAGGAACCUACUCCGAAGUGAGUCUGGCCCAGGACCCAAAGAGGCAGCAAAGGAAACUUAAGGGCAAUAAAAUCUCCAUUUCAGGAACCGAACAGAAAAUAUUCCAAGUAGAAUUAAAUCUUCAAAAUGCUUCUUCAGAUCAUCAAGGAAAUGACAAGACAUAUCACUGCAAAGGUUUACUGCCUCCUCCAGAGAAGCUCACUGCUGAGGUCCUGGGAAUCAUUUGCAUUGUCCUGAUGGUCACUGUGCUGAAAACAAUAGUUCUUAUUCCUUAUAUUGGAGUACUGGAGCAGAACAAUUUUUCCCUGAAUACAAGAAUCCAGAAAGCAUAUGAUUGUGGCCAUUGUCCUGAGGAGUGGAUUACAUAUUCCAACAGUUGUUAUUACAUUGGUAAGGAAAAAAGAACUUGGGAAGAGAGUUUGCUGACCUGUGCUUCGAAGAAUUCUGAUUUGCUUUCUAUAGAUAAUGAAGAAGAAAUGAAACUUCUGGGCUCCCUGUCAGUUCUCUCAUGGGUUGGCGUCUCUCGUAGCAGCAGUGAUCAUCCAUGGGUGUCAAUAAAUGGCUCAACGUUCAAAUUGAAGAUAGCAGAAUCAGAGAUUGGAAAACAUAACUGUGUAAUGCUGCACUCAUCUGGCCUUAAAUCACACAGAUGUGGAUCUUCACAACUGUAUAAUUGUAAGCAUAAACUUUGGAAUUAAAGCAACUGAAUUUGGAGUCUGUUCAGGUAAUUUUAAAUUUCAUAAAACGGAAAUAAUAUUUUGAUUGAAAAAAUUUUAAAAUAAAUUACAUAAUUUGUCCCAAUAAUGAAAAAAGUUUUCAAAAUCAGUUAUUGAAAUGUAAUAUGCACACCACUAAGUACAGAUAUCAUUGCUGUUGUGUCUUGCUCUUCUUACUCAACAUUAUAUUUGUGGCAUUCAGUCUUUCUUAAAGUUUCACAGUAUGCAAGUGUGUUUAUAUGAAAUAUCAGUAAUAGGCAAUCCCAUAGAGACAGAAAAUGGAAUAGUGGUUGCCAAUGCCUAAGGGAAGAUUGGAAUAGAUAGUGACUGUUUAUUGUUAACAGUUUUUUUUUUUUGGGAUGAUGGAAACUUUCUAAAUUUCAGUAGUGAUAGUCAUAACUCUGAAUAUACUAAAAGUAACUGACUUAUGCACAUUAAAUGGAUGAAAUGUAUACUGUAUACAUGACAUCUUAAUAAAGAUACUUUUUAAAAACUCCUGAAUUUAUAUUUGGGACUGAAUGUGAUAUCUAAAGUAGUGUUUAAAUAUAAGAUUUCUUUGUAACACUGACUUUUCUAAUCAAUAUCAUGCUGUGUCCUUCAAUAUAUUAGAUUUUCUUUAAUUUCUAUCAGAUUUGAGGGAUUGAAGUCAUAUAGAAAUAUAGGUAUUUCACAUUCAUACUUUUGUAAAUGGCACUUAUUUUCCAAUUUUCCUUAAUAUGUUUUGUUGCUGUAAAUAGAAAUAUAAUUGACGUCUGCGUGUUUAUUGUAUAUCCAGUUACUUCACUGAUUUUAUGUGUUAAAUCUAUCAAGUAUAGAUUUUUCUGGGUUUUCCAUUUAAACAGCUGUUUAAUAUACAAAUUGUAAUACUUUUCUUUUUAUUUCCAGGUGCUAUGAAUUUUUUUCUGAUAUAUUUUAACUGGUUAGGGAUUCAUUUCUGAUGUUGAAUAGGAGAAACAAAAAAAGUUCUGUGUAUAUUAUAUGUGUCAUUUUCUGUUUGGAGAAAAUAUAUCAACAUUUUAUUUAUGCUUAGGAAUUUUUUAUUACACUUUUCUCAUAUUAAAACAGUUUUAUAUUCCUGUUUUUCUAAUAGUUUUUAUCAAUUGAUGUCACAUUUCUAUCAUUUUUUAUCAAUUGAAAUGAUAUAUCUUUUCUCUGUAUAAUGUUUAUUAAGUAAACUACCUUCAUUUCUUUCAAAUGUUAGAAAAGUAUUGUGUUUCUGAAACAAGACCCUAUUUAUCAUACUGUAUUUCCCCUUUAAAAAUAAAUCAGUGCAUAUAUUAUACUUAGAGUAAGAUUUGUUUCUUCAUCUAGGUUCAAAAGAGAUUCAACUGUGUUUUUACAAACUGUGUACAUGAGAAAUUUUGCUAUCAAAGCUAUAUUGGGAAGCACUCCUCUUUCUCUAUAACCUAGAAGCGUUUGUGUAAGGGUAGUUUUAUUUUUAAACGUUAUUAUUCACUAGUGGUUCCAUCUAAUUUAUAAAUUAUGUUUUGUAGGAAAGUUUGUAUAACAAACUCAAUUUAUUUAAUAUGUAGAGUUUACUCUGGUUUUUGUUUCUUUUAUUGUGUUUUGGUAAUUUGUAUUUUCUAGGAUUUUUUUUAUUUUGUAGGAUAUUAAAUGCAUUCCUGAUAGAGUUUAAUAUCUGGUAUCUGUAAAGACGACAACAGUUUCCCCAUGUUUAAUCUAGAAAUAAAAUGUUGGUGUUUUCUCAAACUUUUUCUAUGGUAGGCUCAUCAAUUUUUAAGAAGUCUUUUCAAUAAAAAUACCUUUGGCCUCAUUGAGCUUCUCUCCUGUAACUGUGUUCUUGUUAUGAUUUUUUACUGUUUAUUCUUUUUGUUUUUCUACUUUACUUACAUUUAAUUUCAGUUUUUCUGCUUUUAAUCUCAUUUGAUGAGUGCUCAGAUAAUUCAAUUCUACUUUCAUAUUUUACUAUAUAUAUAUAUAUAUUUAAGGCAAUUAAUUUUUCACAAGAGAGAAUUUGCUCUAUUUUCUUUGUAAUUCAUAUUAAAAUGUGACUAUCCAUUGUGAUAAUGUCUUUGGCCCAUAAGUUACUUAGAAAUGUAUUACUGAGUUAAAAUUAUACGGGUUUCCUAAUUUUUAGUUAUUGACCUCUAUAUUAGAUAAACUGUAUAGAGCAUUUUCUGUGAAGCUGGAAAUAUUCUGCGUUUCUGUGUAAAUGUGGCUAGUGUGAGAAAUUGAUUUUAUUUUCUAUUAAUUAAUUUUAUAUAUGAAUAGUUACAUUUCAAGUGUCCAUUGACCAAUGUAGGCUAAUGAUACUGCAUUGAAAUCAUAGUUUAAUAUUUUUAUAUAAAUAUGCUUGGAAACAUGAGAUUACAGUGUACUUUUGGAAAAUUUCCAUGUGAACUCAAAAACAGAAGUAUUCUGUUAGUAUAUGCUGUCUGUACAAGUGUGUGUGAGUUUGGGCAUAUAGGUGAUGGUUAAUAGUGUAGUUCAAAACUUUUUAAAGAUUCACUGGUGUGGCUGUGUGACAAGCUGUGAGAGAGAAGUGUUAAAACCUCAUUUUUGAUUGUUAACUUGUUCACUUCUUUCAAUUCUAUGUUGAACUUGUAUUAUCAGAUACAUACACAUUAAUUUUAAAACAUUAUAAUGAUGUAGUAAAUAAAAUUAUUAUUAUGAAACAUGCAUCUUUAUUUUCAAUAAUGACUUUUUCUCUUAUUUUAUGACUUUACAUUAACAAUAGCAGUUUUCUACUGGUUUGUAUUGCAUGAUAUUUUUUCAUCUCUUCAUUUUAAUUUUUCUUUAUACUUAAAGGAGUGUCUUACAACAGCAGUUUUGUUAGAAUAAACACUCUUUGUUUUUAAUAUAAAAUAAUUUUCUUUAUAUUUACUGUAAGUAUUAAAUUUUCAAAUAUGAUUAUUAUGUAUUUUAUUUGUAUGUACAUAAUUAUAUAAUUAAUUAUAAUUAUUAUCUAAUUUAGAUUGAACAUUGCCAGGCUUUUAAACUCUUAACUUUUUAUUGCUUUAUCUUUUCACUAGAAAUGUUUUAUUGUUUAAGUAUUUCUAUUAACAAACUGUGCCAAUUUGUUAAUUUAAUAUGCUUUGAAUAUUCUUUCAUUAGUGCCCUGCAUUUUACAGGGCACAACAAAUUAAUGCUUUUACCCCUUCUUAGACAAUGAAAAGAUCUAACUAUCCUUCCUAUGGUUUAAAUAUUUGUGUCUUCUCAAAAUUUAUAUUGAGACUUAAUCCCUAUUUUGCUGGUUUUAAGAGGUAGGGCCUUUGGGGAACUAAUUAAGUCAGCAGGGCUUUGCCGUAAUGAUUUGAUUAGUGCCUCACAAAAAGGCUGUUAGGAACUAGUAUUCACCGCAUUUUCCCUUCUGCCAUGUGAGAACGUAGCAACACGGUGCCAUUUUGGAAGCAGAAAGCAGCCCUCAUCAGACACCAAAUCUGGUGACACCUUGAUCUUAGACUUUCUUGCCUUGAGAACUGUGAGAAAUAAAUUUUCAUUGCUUAUAAAUUGUUCGAUCUAUGGAAUUUUGUUAUUGCAGCAAAAAUGGACUAAGACUACUCUCUCCUUUUAUUUACUGAUUAUCCUAUAUUUGCUUUCUGAAUUCUGAUAUAAAAAUAUAUUUGAAGUUUGAAACAUUGUCAUCAAUAUUUUAUUCAUUUACUAUUUAGGUAGGUAUAUCCACAUAAUUUCUUUUGAAAUACAUAAUCUUUAGAAUAUAUUUAAAUUUUAUUUUCUUUACUUCUAGGGAAUAGCAACUAAUUCUCUCCAUUUAAAAACAUUUCUUAAAGAUGAAGUUGUUUGCCAUCAUAUCUAAGAAUA